CCUAUCGUUACUGCGGAAUGUUACAAACAUGGCGACUUAGGGGUGAAUUUUCUUCCUGUCAUUGUGGAAAAAGUUUUCUUACUGACAUAUAUUAGACCUUAUGCAGUGAAUAAAGCUAUCAAAUGAAACUAGGGACUCUAGUUUUGUUGCAACUGGAAGACGAGCCUCCAUUAGUGCAGGCUUGUUACCAUGGUGAUCCAGAUGAAGUCCGAGCAUUGUUGUACAAGAAAGAGGAUGUUAACUACCAGGAUUCUGAGAAAAGAAGUCCAUUACACUCAGCUUGUUAUUGUGGAGAGAGUGAGAUCGCAGAUCUUCUAAUACAAAGUGGAGCCAGGGUUAACACAAAGGAUAACAAAUGGCUGACUCCAUUACACAGGGCAUGCUGUUCCAAAUCUGAGGAAACAGUUGAAGUAUUGUUGAGACAUCAAGCAGAUGUAAAUGCCAGAGACAAAAACUGGCAGACACCAUUACACGUAGCAGCUGCCAACAAUGCUGUACGCUGUGCUGAAUUACUGGUACCUUCCUUGACAAAUGUCAAUGUGUCUGACAGGGCAGGCAGAACCAGUCUACAUCAUGCUGCCUUCAAUGGACAUAAAGAGAUGACAAAAUUAUUGUUAGAGAAAGGUGCUACCAUUAAUGCCUUUGAUAAGAAAGAUAGGCGUGCAAUACACUGGGCUGCUUACAUGGGUCAUGUAGAAGUUGUGAAGAUCCUGGUGGAACAUGGCGCUGAACUUAAUUGUCGUGAUAAACAGAUGUACACACCCUUACAUGCUGCAGCAGCCAGUGGACAAGUCAGUGUGGUCAAGCUGUUAUUAGAACUGGGUGUAGAAUAUGAUGCGGUCAAUAUCCAUGGCAACACAGCACUCCAUAUAGCCUGUCUGAAUGGUCAGGAUGUUGUGGUUACAGAACUACUUAGUUAUGGAGCUUCCAUUAAUGCUUGUAAUCAUAGAGGCCUGACUCCAUUACAUUAUGCAGCAUCAUCAACACAUGGUGGGAUCUGUUUAGAAAUUCUUGUUACUGAAGGAGCCAAUGCCAGAAAUCAGUGUAUGGAUGGUAGAACUCCACUACACAUGACAGCAUUGCAUGGUAGAUUUACCAGAGCACAGACACUAAUAGAGCAUGGUGCUGAAAUAGAUGCCUGUGAUAAGAACGGGAACACUUCUCUCCAUAUAGCUGCUAGAUAUGGCCAUGAAUUACUAAUUAAUACACUGUUAGAACAAGGAGCUGAUCCAAUGAGACGUGGUACAAGUGGGAUGUUACCAGUACAUGUUGCUGCUCUUAAUGGUCAUACUGAUUGCAUGAAACGAUUACUGUCUGCCAUGCCACAGUUAAACAUUGACAUCACAGAUGAUUGUGGAAGAACUUGUCUCCAUGGGGCUGCAUGUAGUGGGAAAGUUGAUUGUGUAGAAUUAUUAUUAAAGACUGGUGCUAAUAUAUCACAGUUAGAUGUGGAGGGAAGAACACCCUUGCAUUAUGCUGCUGCACAUAUAAAUUUCCAGUGUGUGUCUAUACUGCUAGAUACAGGAAGUAAUGUCAAUAUUACAGACAGACGUGGAUGUACACCACUACAUUAUGCAGCAGCUUCAGAUCCGGAUGCAAAGGUGAUAGAAUUACUACUGAAACAUGAUCCUCGUCCAGGAAUCCGGGAUAAUGAUGGCUACAAUACAGUCCAUUAUGCAGCACUCAAAGGUCAUAAGUUAUCAUUAGAAAUGCUUCUUGAUGCUGCUGCUACAGAUUUGUUGAGGAGUGGAGCUAGAUAUUCCCCUGCUCACCUGGCUGCUUACAAUGGUCAUAGUGAUGCCCUUAAUGUAUUGCUAGGUUGCAUAAUGAAUUUGGAUAUAAGAGAUUAUCAUGGUAGGACAAUGUUAGAUUUAGCUUGUUAUAAAGGUCACCAUGAGUGUGUAGAAACACUUCUAUUACAAGGGGCCACAAUUCUAGUCCAAGACGGUCAGACACGGAGAACACCUCUACAUGCAGCAGCAUUAAAUGGUCAUACAGAAUGUCUGAGAUUAUUACUAGAGACUGCUGAUGACAAUAACAUAGUAGAUUGUACAGAUUCCUUUGAAAGGACUCCAUUGAUGCAUGCAGUAUCAAAUGGUCAUGUAGAUACAGUUCUCUACCUCAUAGCAAACGGUGCCAUAGUUAACAAUCGUGAUAUACAGGGUCGUACAGCACUUCAUCGAGGGGCUGCCAAUGGCCACGAAGAAUGUGUGGAUGCUAUGCUACACAAUGGUGCCGAUAUCUCUAUACAGGAUAGUCUUGGUCGGACAUCACUUCACUUGGCAGCAGCAUGUGGACAAGUAGCCAUUCUAGGGGCUUUACUUCUAACUGGUCCAUUACCUUCUAUAGAAGACAGAAGAGGGUAUUGUCCUUUACAUUUAGCUUGUUAUAAUGGUCAUGAUGGCUGUGUAGAAGUUUUAUUAGAAUAUGAACAACAUAAAGUUUUUUCAGGGAAUCUUUUCUCACCUUUACAUUGUGCUGUGAUUAAUGGAAAUGAUUCUUGUACAGAAAUAUUGAUAGAAACUUUAGGUGAUAGUAUUGUAAAUUGUACAGACACGAAAGGGAGAAGCCCUUUACAUGCAGCAGCUUUUAGUGACCAAUGUGAAUCUAUGCAGUUACUUCUGACUCAUGGAGCGUCAGUGAAUUACUGUGAUAAAACUGGUAAAUCUCCAGUCAUGUUGGCAGCAGCCAAUGGCCAUGCUGCUGCAGUAGAGUUAUUACUGGAGAAUGGAGCAGAUCUUUCCUUUGUUGACUGUGACAAAAACUCAGCAUUACAUUUUGCUUGUGCUCAUGAACAUGAAAAUGUGGCAUUACUGUUACUAGAUAAAAUUGAUGAUUCGGGUACAAUCAAUUUACCUAAUGCUGAACAGAAAACUCCUCUACAUUUAGCCUGUAAAUAUGGAUUAGUCUCUAUAGUACAAGAUCUGAUAUCCAAAGGAGGAAAUGUUCUCGCUGUUGAUGAAAAUGGCCAUUCCCCUGCUCUGGCAUGUGCCCCGACCAAUCGAGUAGCUGAGUGUCUAGCUAUUGUAUUAGCACAUAUGCCAUUCUCACAACCACCUAACAAUACCUUCCAAAGAAGAAACCGAUCUGAAAGCUCUCCAUCAGCACCAUUUGGUGCUACAAGAACAUUAGACAACCCAGGAAGUCCAGCUGGAAUCGGUAGUCCUGCUGGAAGUGUACAAGACGUUAAAGAACAUUCAGGGUCUUAUCAAAGUUCUGACUCAGAAUUCUAUUGAUAAUUAUUUUAUUUAGGAUAAUAUCAUGACUAUCAUGGACAGUUAUCACCUGCCAAAAGUCAAAUGGAAGUAUUUUAAAUGAAUGAGAUAAUAUCACAUGGUUCAGUUUCAAAAAGAUUUCCGAGCUUCGGAUAGAACUAACAGUCUCACUAAGAAGGAGUCGUACUGUUGCCAAAGAAUUGCUCAUCAUUAUUAAAAAUAAAACAGAAGAAUGAUAUAAAGUGUCAGAAGCAAAAGGUUUAAUUAGACGUUUUAAUAAACGCUCAUUAUUUCAUUUAGAUAUUACUUUUCAUUUAUUCUCUGACAUCGACUCACUAAUCUAUUUAUAGUAAUUUGAGAGCUGUUUGUGUUCUUUGUGUAAUAUUUUUAAACUAGAAAAUUAGGAGGACUAUUAAAAUAUUUGAAUAUACACUUAUUAACAAAUUAGGUUUUACAGUUUAUAUUAUACAAAUAUUAUUUAUUUUAUAAUUUAUUAAACCGAGGCUUUUGUUUAUGAAAACAUGACUUAUACAUUUAGUACAUUUUACAAUCAGUGUUACACAGGAAUAUUUUUGAAAGUGCUGUAUUUUAUGCUCCUUAAAAACGUGAUGGGAGCUUAAGGUUUCAGGAUGGUUACAUAAGUUUGUAUUGCAGAAAGAUCUUAUAAUUUGAAACACAGCUACCUACCAUGUAAUGUUGUUCAUUUGUAUUUUCUCUGUUGACACAAGUCUAGUCCUGAAAUGGUCUUAUAUUAGUCUCAAAAUUGUAAAAAUGGUUUCAUAUAGUAAAAUUAUGUUACUAUGUCUCGCCAGUAUGAAAAUGUAGUUCAAAUUCAAUUUUCAACAUUAUUGCAUACACAGUUUCUGAGUUUUGCUUUCUGCUAUUUUAAAAACCAGCACAUGAUCAAAAGUCUAAAUGUUGUGAUGCUCCUUGAAACUAUGAAUUAUGUUAAGGGGAAAUUGCCUUGUAAGCUCUAUCACCUUUUAUUCCUUGACUGAUUCAUACCCCCAUACUGGGAAAGUCACCAACAUGGGACCUUAGUGUUACUGUUUUAUGAAAUUCUUUUGAAAUUUGUAUAUGGCAACAUCUGCAUCAAGUUGUAAAUCAGUGCCAUCAAAAAGAAAUUAUGGGAAUUAUGCCUUAUGAACAUAUGAAUAAAUAUAUAUGUGAAAAUUGUUUUCUAAGUGCUCUCACUCUUGCAGUUGUUGACAGAUUUUAAGAUCAUCAAUAUCUUGUUUGAGUUUCAAUGAAGUGCUGAUCUAAAAAGUUAUUGGUAGUUAUCCUGUAUAAUUACAAGUCCUUUCACUUAAUUCUUGAUGGAUUUCUAUGAAGUAGAUAUGCAAGGUUUAUUUCAACAGCUUUUGAGUUGGGAAAUUAAUGCUGUUUGUAAAAUGUUUUGUGGGAAGAAUUGCUCUUGGAAAAUAUAUGAACUAUGUGACAACAGUGCUCUCAUGUUUAUAACAUUAAGAUGAUCUUCCCCUUUAAUCUGUUUUUCAGCAGAGGGAGACAUUGAAACAUAGCUCUUAUAUUUGUGUAAUCGUCCAAACUUACAGCCUAUCUCCUCUUGAUUUAGAGUUUAAGUUGCAGUGAACAGUAAUAUCCUUUUGUCAAACAGAAUUGCCUGAAAGAUAAAUUUUAAGAAACCCAUUUUUGACUUAAAAAUGUAUGCUCAUUUUCCAUUGCAUGAUUGGACUAUAGAUACAGGCUUACUGGUAGUGGCUAACCAGACUGAAGCAAAAUAUUUCCUUCAUAUAAAACACAAUAUGUUUUCUCAUUCAAAUCCUCUAACAUUGUCAACAUAGCAUUGCUUUAUUGAACAAAAUAUUUGUGUGAUGAAAUUUUUUUAUGAUUUGAGAUAUAGUGGUAAAUAGGAGUUAGUUGAAAUUUGAGAAUUAUGUUUUAGGGAAUCAUAAUCCCUCAGAUCUCUUAAUGUCAAUGUAAGGAUGUAUUUUAUCAUGAUAUUUGUUAUUUGUAGAUCACUUAUUUAUUUUGUCCUCCAUUUAUUGACAAAACUUAAUACAAUGAAUCAAUUUUCUGUAUUGUACUUAUUCAGGGUUUACAAAAAGGAAGGCACUUGGUUGGAUACAGAUGUAUUUAGGACAUUUUAUAUUUUGCAUUGAUUCAAAAUUGUUGAAGUGUCUUCCUUUUUGUGCCAUACAAACUGUUCAUGUUCCAUUGUACAGACACAUAUCAUCCCCAGAGUGCCUAUUCUUUUGUUUCUGUAGUAGCUCAAUAGUUAUUUUGUCUGUCUGUUUUACUAGAAACCACUUUGUUAUUUCUUUGAUAUAGUCCAGAAAGUUAGUUCUGUAAGGUGUGUACAUCUAUAACAAUCAAUCAAUCAUUUCACAGAAUUUAGAAUAAAAUUCUUUAUUAAAUAAAUCUGUUUAAAGAUAUUAGUCUGGAUUGUUCAUUUUUGACAAAAAAGCUGAAAUCAAAUGUUAUUAAAUGAAGGAAGAAAAAAAUGGAAGAACGUAAUAGAAAAUAUUUCUUUUUUUAAAUUUAACUUUUAAACACCUUAUUGCUACUUUACAUUACAUCACAGCCAUACCCAUAACAGUUUGACCUCACAAGAGAAAAUCUCUGAUGCCUCAGAGCAAAAUUGAUCAUUGUAUAAUGGCAAUAAGGUAAAGAUGAUGAAACAUCCUAACUUUUAUUUCACACAAAUGUGGGCUAUUACCUUCAUCACAUCAGUUGUUAUUGUGUCACCUUUAUAUGUUUUCUAUAAAAAAAGAUAUUUUGUUUUUCUACCUCUUGGCAAGUUGGAAAUAAAUUUUGUUGCUUAUGUCCUUGAACUGUUAAUAUUUGAAGUUAUGCCAGAUGUAUCCACUAACCAACCAGUCAACUCACAUUUUUGUCAUUACAAAUGAUGGGAUAUAGGAGUAAUUCAGUUUGUCAGACACUGGUAUUGGAAUUGGUCAUUUGAUUAUCCUUUCUCAGAACAAUGUUUGAUGACCCCUUGGUGAUGACCCCUGACAUCCAAUCAAUAAUCAGAAUUUCUGUCAUUAAUUUGUUUUAGAUUUGAUUAGAUAUUUGGUUUUGAUCAUUUGAACUUGUUUAAAAUUAACUGGCCCUGUCUGACAUCUAGUACGGUUACCAUCAUGGAUAUAGUAUUACAAAUUGAAUCCUUUACUAAGACAUUCUCUAUAAUAACAAUGCUCAUUCAAAACAUGUGGAGUUAUGAAUGUAUAUGUCGUAUGAACAUAAUUUCUAGUUUCUUGUUUUUUUUGAAAAUCAAAUGAUCAUGUACCAGUGUGUCAAUCUUUUAGAAAGUAUAAUAUUUAUAAUAUAAAUUUAUUAUGUUUAUUUAUAUAUAGAUUCAUUAGUGCUUGUUAUCUUGUAGAAAAGUUUCAUAUCUGUCUCGGGACUACUGUAAUGUUGAACUUCAGUAUUUAAAGAACAAAAAAGUUUGCUUAAAUUGAUAACAGUUACAUCAGUUUUAUAAUUAUUCCAGAAUUUGUUCUAACAUAAGAGGUAAUUUAAGUUUCUAAGUUCCUAUGAGAGUUUUUACCUUUGACUAUUCUAAUAUUUUGUGAUGAAUUAAGUAAAUAAAUUUAAAUUGAGAGUGAAUGAUGUUAGGAGUCUAGGGGCUUGUCCUGUAUUAUAGGUAUAAAUCAUAUGGACCUGGGUAAAUGGUUUCCUUUGUGCCAAAACACCUUAUCUCUCAAAACCUUGUUAUAUUAUUGUCCCCUAGAACUGUAUCCCUGUUAUGUUUUUGUUUGUGCACAUGUGGUACAAGGAACUUUUCUGUGAUUAAUUUAUGCUUGUGCUAGAUUUAUGUAACCUUAGAAACCAUCAUUGUUUGGAAGGACAACAAGUUUUCUUAUAACAAAUCUAAUCAUCUUUCGUUAUUAGUUUUUGCUUAAAUUCAGAAGAAAAAUUUUGUUUGAUGUCGGGUACAAACCCUAAAAAUAAAAAAAAAUAAAAAGUGAAAUAUUAAACUGAAAAGUAAAGAAUCUCAUUAAUUUUAUUGUAGGCUGAACUUGCCAAUGUAAUUUCUUUGAUGAUUUCUAAGGAAACAGGUUUGUUAUUAUAGCUGAUCAUGUUAACUGUAUAUAUGUAUAUUGUUACUACUAAUAGAUAGGGACCUAGAAUAUAUUAACUUGUUGUGUAUGUAAUUAAGUUUAAUAUGGUUAAAACACAAACCACCAUAGAUGUUUGUUUCUCAUAACAUUUCUAGACUUGAUAUAUUUGCAAAAUGUAAUACAGAAGAAUAAAACAUUUUUGAAAGAAA